GCAAGCUUUUCACAGCAUGAAAUUUGGCGUGGGCAUUGCUUGUUUUAAUUCAUCAAUUACUUUUAGUUAAAAUCGUCAACUAUAUAAAACCUGUUGUGUGUUUUCAUGUUUCAUCUUCAAAAAUGGGACUGAGCUGCGGAUACAGAUGCUUGCAGUUACUGCUUAUCAUAUUCAAUAUUGGAGUUUUUAUAUGUGGCAUUGGGCUCAUUGCAGCAGGUGCAUAUGCACUCAGCUCCGUUGUUAAUCACUGGAAAGAUGUAGAGCCCUCUCUUCAAUAUCUCAUAAUCUUUACUAUUGCACUGGGAUGUAUUAUUUUCCUUCUCGGAGCACUAGGAAUGUUUGGCGCAUGUACGAAAAGUGUUUGUCUGUUAACAACGUAUUGUAUCCUUCUUGUGAUUUUAAUUAUUGGCCAGAUAGCAGCUGGAAUAAUUGCAGUUAAGCAAAAGCCAAAGAUUAAAGAAAAAGUUUCUGAUGCCUUGAGUUCACUUGUAAAACGCUUCUAUACUGAUGCACAUGUAAAAAAAGUUUUGGACGAAAUUCAGCAGAAGUUACAAUGUUGCGGUGCCAAAUCACCCGGUGACUAUGGAACGAUUCCACCACCAUCAUGUUAUGACGGUAUCAUUCUUCAUGAAGAGGUAAAGUAUUUUCAUUUUCUGUUUUUUUCUAAACUAAUAAUGUUCACUAUUUACGACACAUGAAAGUGUGAGUAAGUGACUAGAGUGCAAAUUUCGCAUUUUUAUGAGGCUCACACUUCUGAAGUGUUCAUGUGAUGAACCUACUUUGGUAAACACGAACGUUCAAAUACUGGAAGCGCUUCCGCUUCGGAUGUAUUAAAAGGGUCAGUGAAUUGGCUAAAAAGAAUAUGAAUGCCAUCAUAGUGUGCGUAUUCGUUUUUGCAUUCCUACAAGCAAUCUGCCUAAUAUUCGCCAUCUGUGUUCUUAUGGCAAUAAAACAAGGAAAUGAUGAUUGAUUUCAAACAUCGAAGGUAAAUAUACAGUCUGUAUACAGGGAGUCAAGAGACAGAACCUGAAAUGAAGCAAAACAUUAACGUACAUAAUUUAAAUUAUAAUGUACUUUUCUAAUUCAUAUACAUUGUCUACAUUCUCCUUGGAUUUACACUCUGAAAAUCCUACAUACUAGGAAAUCUUUUCCAAUAAUCCGUGUAACAUUACUAAUUCUGUCUAUAUCUUUAAUUACACAGUAUCGAAACUUUGUUUAUCAAUGUGACUGUCUGUUUCUAUCUUGAAUGUAUACUGCGAUCUGUUGAAGUUUCAAAUAAAAUAAAACUGAAAGCAUC